CAUYGCGCAUGCGUUGUUCGUUCUCUUUCGCGGUUGCCAUCUUUGGAUUGCAAAUAUGCUGAUCCCUAAGAAGAACCGAAUUGCCAUCUAUGAAUACCUCUUUAAAGAGGGUGUCUGUGUAGCUAAGAAGGAUCGCAACAAUCCCAAGCAUAAAGAUAUUGAGAAUGUACCAAACCUCCAUGUCACUGAAUCCAUGAAGUCUCUCAAAUCACGAGGGUAUGUCACAGAGCAAUUCUCAUGGAAGUACUACUACUGGUAUCUUACGAAUGAAGGUAUUACAUAUUUGAGAGAUUAUCUUCAUUUGCCUCCUGAAAUUGUUCCUUCAACUCUUCGACGACAGACAACAAGAGCAGAAACUGCUAGGCCCAGACCCAAAGGUAUGGACUCUGGACCUCGUGGCCCUGACUCCUCUGAYCGUGAUACAUACAGAAGAGGACCCCCAGGGGGAGACCCCAAGGGAGGUGCUGGUACUGAUUUCAAGCCCGAAUUUAGAGGAGGAUAUGGUCGUGGACGUCCAGGAGGAGGAUUUGGUGCCCCACCACCUCAAUAAAUAACCCAAUAAAUGCAGAUUAUUGCUUAGAA